AUGUAGUUGAAGUAUCCAUUAACCAGAGCUAAAAGUGGCAAUUAGUCAAUUACAACAUCUCCAUUCAUCAUCAUCUCCUUCGAACACCAGAAAUCAUGAAACAAAACUUGAUGCAGAAAUCAAUGGAAGCCCCAAUGCGAAUUCUAAACCCUAACCAUCUCAACUUGAAUUUCAAUCGUCAAUUAUCCCCCAAAUUCUUCCCCAAUUCUCACUCUCUUUCUCUCAUUCCCACUCUCAAAUCCCGCUACUGCAUUUCUCUCUCCUCAAAUUCCUUCAACAAUGCCACUUCCCGUCCCUUCUCUUUCCCGAAUUCCUCCCAAUUAGGGUUUCUCCUUUCUCUCUCCUCCAAUACUCAAUUCCACUCCAACAAUCUCAACCACCCCAAAUCCCACCCUGACAACAGCAGAUUCUUCAACUGGCACAAAGCUUCUGCGCCACUCGCCGGAGCUCCCGCCACCGUAGGAAAACCCGAGGUAGCGGCUGUGAUAUUGGGGUGGUUAGGAGCGACGCCGAAGCAUUUGAGGAGGUAUGCGGAGUUGUACACUUCGAGAGGGAUUGAUGCAAUCACCUUUGUUGUUCCUGUUAGAGACGUGCUUUGGUUUGAUUUGGGGAGAAAGGUUGAGAAUCGGAUUCAAGAGUUGACGAAUGAGAUUGUUUCAUGGCUUUCGAAGGCGGAAGGCGGUGGCGGAAAGCGGUGCUUAAUCUUUCACACAUUCAGCAACACCGGUUGGCUUGUAUAUGGGGCUAUUCUUACUCAUCUGCAGGACAGGCCGGACCUUAUAGAAAGGAUUAAAGGAUGUGUUGUUGAUUCCGGAGGGGACCCUGAACUAAAUCCUAAGGUUUGGGCAGCUGGUUUUACUGCUGCUUUGCUGAAGAAACGGAAUAAUGUCAUGCCUCUAUCAUCUGAGGAUGUGGAACCACGUACUGAUAAAAACAAGUCAAAUAUGCAGGAUGAAGACCCUCUCUUAAUCGAGGCUUUAGUUUUUGGAGCUUUGGAGAAAAUGUUUUCCUUCCUUUUUACGUUACCUGAUGUCAACCAGAGAUUGUUGAAGAUCAUCCAUCAUCUUUCGGAUAAUCAGCCACCAUGUCCUCAGCUUUACCUGUACAGCACAGAAGAUAAGGUUAUCCCGUACCGGUCAGUAGAAUCUUUUAUCAAACACCAAAAGUCGAAGGGAAGAAGCGUCUCGUCCUUUAACUUUAAGUCUUCACCUCAUGUAGAUCAUUACAGGACAUUUCCUGAUGUAUAUACUUCACAGGUUAACAGUUUCUUGAAUCACAUUUCAAGCAAACACAUGUAAUUUUUGUUGGCAGAUUUUGGUUCAGUGUUGUGUGAGAUUGGACUGAAGAUAGUCAAGAUACAAGCACAUAACAUUGAUGGCACCAGCAUUUUGCAAUGCAAUCUAGUUUAGCAACGGAAACUUCGAAUUCUUACAUCGGUGUUUGAAUUAAGGUUUGUGUCGGAAGUUCGAAACUGUUAUUUAUAUUCUUUCUUUAUUGAUGUAAUUGCAAGUUGCUGAAGAAUUGGUUUUGAGAUCAAGUUUGUAAUUGCAAGUUGCCCACAAAUUUUUGUUCCUUCCCAGAGAUCUGUUUACUACUCCGUAUGUUGUGUA